AUGAAAUACCUUUGUAUGUUCACAUUUGUUUCAAUUGCUGUUGCAACUGUCUCCAUUAUCACAUUGCUGAUUAAAUCAGAUUAUACCAAAGUAAACAACUAUCAUAUUAACUCCAAUCAUGAUGAUCCAAUAACGAGUCAUUUAUAUGUAACAAACAACCAAGAUAUCCAAUAUUUACAGUAUGAUUCAGAAACAGGAAUUAUCUAUAGAACAAUCGAAACAAAUUCAGAACCGUUGGUUCUUCGAUUAACUAUUGAUGGUAGCGGAGUCUAUAAAUUAAAACAAACUGACUAUCCACUACUAGUGAGUAUUUCAGAUGAUGGGAAACUUGAAUUUGAUGGAGAUGAAUAUAUUUAUAUUGCAAAAAAUCAUAAUCAUCCUUAUGAACAAUUUCAAAAUGAAUAUAUUUUAACAAACUUAUUACUUGAUGCAACAAAAUUAGUUGAUAUUUAUGUUGAAUUUAUAAAUCAAAAUUUGGACAAUAAUAACAUGCUGGUCAUUUAUAAUAUGUUUGAAAGUUAUAUUUUAGGGUUAGCAACGUUGAUUUCAUUACCGUUAAUUACAAUAUUUGAAAAGUUGACUUGGAUUGCUCUGGUUUAUUGA